AUGCAGGGAGCCAAUCGUUCAGCGGUGACUGAAUUCAUCCUCAUCGGCUUCUCCACCUUCCCCCACCUUCAUUUUUGCGCCCUCUCCAUCUCCGAGAUCCUCUACACCUUCGCCAUCAUCCCGCGCAUGCUCGCUGACCUGCUGUCCACCCACCGCUCCAUCGCCUUCCUGGCCUGUGCCAGCCAGAUGUUCUUCUCCUUCACCUUUGGCUUCACCCACUCCUUCCUGCUCACCGUCAUGGGCUACGACCGCUACGUGGCCAUCUGCCACCCCCUGCGCUACAACGUGCUCAUGAGUCCCCGGGGCUGUGCCUGCCUGGUGGGCUGGUCCUGGGCUGGUGGCGCAGUCAUGGGGAUGGUGGUGACCACCGCCAUUUUCCACCUCACCUUCUGUGGACCCAACAAGAUCCACCAUUUUGCUUGCCAUGUCCCACCUCUGUUGAAGUUGGCCUGUGGAGAUGAUGUACCUGUGGUGGCCAAAGGUGUGGGCUUGGUGUGUAUCACGGCCCUGCUGGGCUGCUGUGUCCUCAUCCUCCUGUCCUAUGCCUUCAUUGUGGCCGCCAUCUUGAAGAUCCCAUCAGCUGAGGGUCGGCACAAGGCCUUCUCCACUUGUGCGUCCCACCUCACCGUGGUGGUCGUGCACUAUGGCUUCGCCUCUGUCAUCUACCUCAAGCCCAAGGGUCCCCAGUCUAUGGAAGGAGACACCUUGAUGGGCAUUACCUACACCGUCCUCACACCCUUCCUCAGCCCCAUCAUCUUCAGCCUCAGGAACAAGGAGCUAAAGAACGCCAUCAAGAAGACCUUCUUCAACAAACUCUCCCCAGAAAAAAUGUGA